CGCAGCCUCGCAGUCGUACCGGCGGCAUGAACUCCCAUCGCGAGCAUAGCGGUGUUGUAUGGUUGUACGACUACGCGCGUCCUGCACGGCGGUGGCGUCAUGGCACUCUCCACUCUCAAAGGACGCAACAGUAAGUUCAAUGCGGACCUCCUGAAAGACGUGGAUGCCAACGGUGAUCUUUUUGAGGCGUGGUGUAGGGCUGGUGAAAGAGAAGAUGCUUUUUGUGUCGUGUGUUGCCAGACAAUCAACUGUGCGUUUCAUGGUGUGACUGCAGUGAAGCGCCACUCGCAAAGCAAAAAGCACUUGGAGCGUACGAAGCAGCUACGUGGUCCUAAUGGGAAACUUAAGCGACCAGCAGCAGUUCAAGCCGUCCUGAAUUUUUCAGCUGCGUCCACCAUUGCGUCGUAUAAUCAUCGUGUCACAGCCAGUGAAACACUGUUCGUCCUGCCUGUCACACUUAAGGGGAUUCCUUAUAGCUGGGGAGACACAGCUACACCUCUCUACCGAGCAAUGUUUCCAGAUUCGAAGGUGGCAAAAGGCUUUUCGUGUAGCAGAAAAAAAGUGUCGUAUGUCGUGUCAGAUGGCCUUGGACCCUACUUUAAGAGCCUUGUGCUUAAAGAAGUCAACCGACCGAGUGUUUUCUACAGCAUCUGUAUAGAUGAGACACCUCUUCCGGAACAGCGCUGUCAGCAAAUGGACAUCAUUAUGCGAUACUUUUCCGAUGCCCAGAAAAUGGUGGUUGUGGAACACCUGCAGUCCUUUCGGUUAAAUAAGGCAUCUGCGAACGACCUUCUAAGAUGUGUAAAUGAGGCUAUUGAGAGUGUUCCCAGUGCUGGCUUCUUUGCAUUUUUUAGUGAUGGACCAAACGUAAUGAAGUCACUAAAAAAUAAACUUAUCCAGCAGCACGGUCCCCUGAUAGAUAUUGGGGAGUGAUCCCUACAUAAGGUGCACAACGCCUUCUCACGUGCCUUGGAUUCAUUCGGCAGUGAGGUCGAAACUGUCGUAAAUGAUGUGUAUUAUUACUUCAAACACUCUGCUGCACAGUGUGGCCUGCUGAAGGAGCAACAACAGGUGCUUGG